GUAAACCCUAAAAAUAACCACGGCAGAACAUCUCCAAGCUGUCAUCAUCAUCAGCCCAUUUGCUUCCUCCCUCUGGCCCUGCUCAGCCUUUGGCUGCUCUGCUCUGGUCUGCUCUGCUCCACUUCAAACCAUUAACCACUCCCAUUAUAACUCACUUCUCGCAAGCCUCCACCUUUACUGCUACUGCUGCUCUUCUCCUGCCAAUAAUUGCACCUCAAUCCUCUGCCGAUACUCAAAACUUCUUACGUGAUUGUGAUUGCCAAUGCGAGCAGCGCCGAGAGAGUUGCUUGCUGCUGCGACCUGACUCCUCUUCCUUCUCCCUUUAUCCAUCCUCCGCAGGUACGAACCAGGUGCUGGGGGGAUUCAAAAUUUUGUUUUUCGCGAUGAUCUAGGCUCGACCUGGUGUUGCCAUAUGCCCUUUUCCUCGUUACCUUUGCCAAGUUCUUGUUUUACGAGCUGUUUCCUUGGUUGACACACUUCAAUUCUUGUUUGUCUGUCUGUGUUUUGACCUAGCUUCUCAUCCUUUGGCAUCUCCUUGCCGACUGAGAUCCGGCCUCUUUUUCGUGUGUUGGCUAAGCUCGAGUGCUUUCUCAUGUGGCUUUGUGGAGAGGGGAAAAAAGCAAAGAUUUGGAGGUUUGUUGUGAGGGGAUAGUGACAAGAGAGGGAAGAAUAGGAAGUUUUUUACAUGGACUCGGAUCUGAAGAUGCCUCAAUGGGAUUUUCCUGAAUUGGACCGUGUUACCGAAGCAAACCUUGUCCCCAUGUUAGAUGGAUCACAACUCGGUUCUCCUCAGCAAUUGAUGGUGAAUGGUGUGGAGUGCUCUGUUGAUCUCAAGCUCGGGGGUUCAAGUGCCUCCGGCCGCAGAGAACAACCAAGUACAUCGACAGUGACGGCGAUCACCACAGUGUCUUCGUCUGGCCUGUCGAAGAGGCAGCGAUCACUAAGCAAUGUAGCUCAGAUUGCCUCGUGCAUGGUUGAUGGAUGCAAAGCCGAUCUUAGUAAGUGCAGGGAGUAUCACCGUCGCCACAAGGUCUGUGAGGUUCAUUCGAAGACUCCGGUAGUUCUGAUCGGAGGCCAAGAACAACGAUUUUGCCAGCAGUGCAGCAGGUUUCAUUGGUUAAUAGAAUUUGAUGACAUAAAGCGAAGCUGUCGUAAGCGUCUUGACGGGCACAAUAGACGUCGAAGGAAACCCCAUCCGUAUUUGCCGAAUUCAGAAACCAAUUCUUUUGGAUGUGCAGGAAUCAGGUUUUCAGCACAUUCUCAAGCCUUUACGACUGCAUCGAUAGAACCAAAUUGGUCUGGAAUUAUAAAAUUCAAAGACGAUACGGGAUCCACGCAUCACACUGCAUCGGAUCUGUUUGACAGGAACCUCUCUUUUUCAAAUUCUUCUCAUAGCUACAACAAAGAAAGGAAGCAAUUCCAAUUCCCUUUCUUUCAAGAGAGUGAGAGCAGCCUCAACAACAUGACAGCAAUCGGAUCUUUUGUUCCAUCGGUUGUAGGCGGCGGCGGCAGCAGCAAGAUGUUCGCCAAUGGUCUAAGCCAAGUCUUCCGAUCUGAUUGUGCUCUCUCUCUUCUGUCAUCACCAAAUCAGACAUCAGGCAUCAACCCAAGCUCCAUGAUGCUAUCAUCCGAUCAGGUCUACAUCGGCCAGCCUCUCAUUGCAAGUACGCAGUAUGGUAAUCUCACUCAGUGCUCUCACUCCACUGCAUCGGAAGCCAUUUCUCCAGUCAGAUACUCGUGUUCGAGCAUUGAAAAUGUGAGGACUGUCUUGGUUUCGAAUGCCGAUGCUGCUGGUGUUCAUUGUCAGGGUAUAUUUCGAACCGGCAACGAAGGGUCUUCCGAUAAGAUAUCUGAAGCUCUUCCUUUCUCAUGGGAGUAACUUGGCACUGGCUUGAAAAACCACUUCUGAAGCCAAUGUUCUUGGACUCUUCGAUGGUCAAGCUAUGUUCAUUUUGAUUCAUACCAUCGGGUCCAUAACUGGCUUUUCGAAAUCAAUGUUUUACUACAUGAUGGAUCUCAGAAAUAUAUAUUAGAAUCAUCUAAGAAAAUUCUUAUCUAAGGAAAUAUAAUUAAUAUGGCAGUAAAAUAUGGUGGUAAAGCUUUGGCUUUUGUAUUGGCUUUGUGUUCAUUGAAGUGCUUGCUGGUUGUGUUUUGUUAAAGGAAACUAUUUCAGUUACAAUAGAA